GAAAUGGAGGGACUUUACUUUGUGUGUUUGAUCAUCCUUUCUGCUGUUUCCAUUUGCACCGUGGAUUGCUGCAUGUGCGACUUUUCCAGUCGUCCAGAUAAAGUAUGCAUGGCAGAUUUCGUUGUCAAGGCUAAAAUACUGAGAGAGGAUUUAGAUUUUGGCGAAUAUGGCGAUUUCCCAAUGCUGAAAAACUACACUGUCCUGUACAAGAAAAAAGACAUUUUCAAGGGCAGCCAUCUGCUUGGUUCUGGUAAUACUGCAGUGAUCCAAACCUCUGGCACGCCAUGGAACUGCGGAACAACAUUUGAAUUGAACAAAAGAUACUUAAUAUCAGGGUUUGAGAGUGGUGGAGAAUUCUUCACUAACCUUUGCCAAUGGAACCCAGAGUACAACACUCUCUUAUCUAAAAAGAGACGGGAAAUUAGAAAUAUGUGUCGCGACCAAAGCGGGCCUGAAAAGGCAACCAAAGUGGUUUAGGAUUAAAAGGUUAAUUUAGAGUCGUUUGGAAUAGUCCGAAAUAACCCUCUUUGGAACAUUCUUUGAUUAUGACGGAAUGUCUAGUUCAACAAAAAUUGCGGCCAGAAAUUAUACCAAAUUUUAUCAGAAUGCUUUCAUUUUCUGUAAUGGUGUUUCCUAGAGGACGAUUUUUGAUAGGAAUGAACGCUGCUUGUCGACAUGGCAAACGAAGAGGCUGCCAAGCAUCGCAACACAAAGUCCAUGUUGUAUGAUCUUGCUAUUUCUUGUGUGCAAACAUUUUUUAAAAGACUAAGACCACGGUUUAGGGUUUCUGUACUGUUUAAAUAUACAUGUAUGUUGUACUUUGUGACAUUUCAAGCAUUAAGUAUUCAUUUAUUAAAUAAAUACAAAGUUGGCUCUCGAAGAAUAUAGUUCUCUGCAACGGAAAUAGACUGAAAACUUUUUUUGUUAUAUUGGGGAGUCUACUGGAGCCCUAAUAUGCAUGGGAAUGAAGUACAAUACAGACAAGUUUGUUUGACAUUAUGGAGAUUCUCCAUCAGUUGUCACUAAGCUCUGUACUUUAUUACUAUGAAAUUAAAUCAAAGUUAUUCAAAGUUGAAA